AUGGGAUGUUCCCUGGCCACUAAGCCAUGGGUAGACAACCAUUGGAGCUUGAUACUGUGGAAGCUCGCUGGAAUGGUGUGUUUGGAUCCCGAUAAAGAAAGAGAAUCGGGUACAAGAAGGUGGUGUCCGAGAGAGGUGAUGCGUCAGCUACUGUACAGGUACGAACGCGAGUUGAAUGGAGGUUCACGCCCUCCGUUACGUCUCAUUACUACCCGAGACUCUCCGUCAGCUGCACCGAUGAUCCUAUGCGUAUCCAACAUUUCAUGGGAAGACAGAGGUCUCAGGGAGGAUGGCAUACUCAUUCCUCCGCGUCCAGAGUUGGAGGUCACGGACGGCUGGUACAGACUCCGUGCACAAGUCGACGAUACCCUAGCGCGGGCCAUUCGCAAAGGCAAGAUCAGAGUUGGAAGGAAACUCGAUGUUGUGGGUGCAAAACUACGGUCUACAAAGCGGGAGCCUUGCGAGGUUUUGGAAGCAUAUAACUCAACUCAUCUGGAGCUUUUCGGCAACUCUUCCCGAAUGGCGCCUUGGCACGCUAAACUCGGGUUCAAACAAGACCGAUGCAUCGUCGGACUACACAAAUUAACUGCAGAUGGCGGUCCCAUACCCGUGCUGCACGUCGCUGUAACGAAGGUCUUUCCGCUCGGUUUCUUAGAAAUCAUAGAGACGGAAGACGGUCAACAAUUGAGAGAAGGUCCGCGAUGUGAAAAAGAUGAACUCGAAGUUCAGCAACGAUGGGAGAUGCGGCGAUCGGAUCAGGAGUUAAAGCUUCUGGAGGGUAUAGAAAAGCGGUUCUCCAGGCUCUCCGGGUGGGUCGAACGCCUCGAGAGAAAGGCAGGCGACACCUUCCGUCAAGAUGAUUACGACUCGCAACUCGAUUAUUUGGAGGCCCUUUGGGAAAAACUAGAAGCUGCUGCAGAUCCCGCGUCGUUGAUCAACAAUCUAGGUGCCCGUGGGGCUGGUUGGCUUGCUCGUUUCAUCAGAGAACAAAGCAUCAAAGAACGCAAUCGGUCUCGCGAAGACAUCGAACAGGAGCUAAAGGAUCUCUGUCCUCCGCGCAACGUAAAAGAUUUCCGGGUGAUCGAGGUUACCGACGCGCGAAGCGAGCGAAAUAACCCACUCCGCAAGGCACAAAUGACGGUCUGGGGCGCGAUGGCAUUGGAACGUAGCGAAGACGGCGAGAGCAUUGGGUGCCUGAAAGAAGGUCAAACAUUUCUUGUGACGAACGUACAGCCAAGUCAACAGAAGGCUUGGAUGGCCCCAGGAGUGGACUCCGUUGUAUAUCUAAGCACGACGAGACAAACGAGAUGGACGAAGACACGCUGA